AAUUGGUGGACUGAGGAAUCACUUGGGACUCUGGAUCCUGGUGUCUCCUCACUUGCUGGGGCUGGGGGUUUGCGUUCGGUACCCGGAGCGGAGGCCUCUGCCGGGCAUUGUGGGGUCAGCGUUCGGGUCUCCUUGGCAACGCCUACUGGGGAAGGCCGCGGGGUGCACUGGGGAAGGCCGCGGGGCGCACUUCGGAAGGCGGCAGAUAGGACUCGAGCGGCCCUUCCGCGUCUUGAGGCCUCCGCAGAGCCUCCCGGUCCUUGGGUUCCCUAGUCUCGGGCCGCGGCCACCCGGCGCGCUAGUACGUAGGAGAGGCUCAGGCCCGGCAUGGCGGACGCGCGGUCCAGCGGCCCCCGGCGCGGCGGCACACGGCACGGGCUGCUGUAGAGGAUGGUGCGCCUGAAGUGGGGCGGCCCAUCGUUCGCCGAGCCCGAGGCGGAGGGACGGCGCGCGGCCGGCGACUGCGGCUCCUGCUUGGGCUGCUGGUGCUGGCGGCGGCUCUUCCCGCGGGGCGCGGCCCGCGGUGCGCGCAGCAAUAAGGCCCGGUACAUGCGGCCCGGGCCGGCGGCCCAGGAGCGCGGCCGCUGGGGCCCCGCGAGCCUGCGGAGGCUGCUGCAGAAGCUGGCGGUAUGGAGGUGGCGCUAUUUGCGCUGCGGGGAGCGGCCCGAGAGUCUGGAGGAGAUCCCGCUGCUGGCGCUGCACGGCGCCCAAGUCGGCGACUAG